AUUCCCCGCCGUUUAGCCUAUUCGCGGUAUCUGGUGAUCAUAUCGACCGGGGCUGCUGUCCUUUUUUUACGUUUUGCGAAACCAAAGGAGAUUGUUGGCCGGAGGUUCUGCUUCACUUACGGGACUUUGUUUUUCCUCCGAUCACAUUGCGGAUGAGAACAGGUCUCAUUGGAACAAAGAUCACGUGAUGGAAAAUUUGCUAUAUGGAAUAUGGUCUUCAUUCCCAAAAAUGUCAUUGGCAGAAGUCUCCUGACAGCUGCAGUUAUUUAGGCUGACUUUUGUUCCACAAAUGCAUUUUAUGAAGCGACUUAUGGCUCCCUUUUUGGAUAGUCACAGAAUGGAGCAAGUGCGAACAAUUCUGAUGCAUAGAUAUCCUUAUCCACAUGAGCAUUCACAGCAUGCAACAAUAGCAGUGUUUUUGGGCUGUCUCUUUUUUAUCUCAUCUGAUAACAUGCAUUCUCUCACUCAGAAGUUGGAUAAUAACAUAAAAUGGUGGUCAAUUUAUGCCUGUUUAAUUGGAUUUUUCUAUUUCUUCUCAUCCCCAUUUUUUGGGAAAACUAUCAAGCCAAGCUACUCGAACUUCAGCCGCUGGUACAUCAUGUGGAUCUCCAUUGCUGCUUUAUACCAUCUCCCUAGUUUUCAGUCAAUGGGAGUUGAUAUGAGGAUGAACCUUUCUCUCUUUCUGACAAUAUACUUCUCAUCUGUAUUAUUUCUUAUUAUCUUUCACAUACUUUUUCUGGGGCUAUGGUACAUUGGGCUUGUUGCUCGUGUUGCUGGGAAACAGCCAGGAAUCUUGGCAAUCAUCCAGAACUGUGCGGUCUUAAGCAUAGCAUGUUGUAUAUUCUAUAGUCAUUGUGGUAACCGUGCCAUUGUACGGGAAAAAUCACUAGGAAGGAGAAAUUCUGGCUGGUCUUUUUUCUCAUUUUGGAAAUCUGAUGAGAAACUAACCUUGUUAUCUCAAUUCCUCCACAUGCAUGAAUUGAAAGACCAGAUUUGCUUAUCUUGGUUUGCACCUGUUGGGUCUGCCAGUGACUAUCCUCUUUUGUCUAAAUGGGUCAUCUAUGGAGAGUUGGUAGGUAGCGGAUCUUGUGCCGGUCCAUCUGAUGAAAUUUCUCCCAUUUACUCAUUGUGGGCUACAUUUAUUGGCUUGUAUAUUGCAAACUAUGUAGUGGAGAGGUCCACCGGCUGGGCACUAACUCAUCCAUUGUCACUGACUGAGGUUGAAAAUUUGAAGAAACAAAUGAAACCAGACUUCUUGGAUAUGGUUCCUUGGUAUUCAGGGACAUCUGCUGAUUUAUUUAAGACAGGCUUUGAUCUCCUGGUGUCUGUGACCCUUUUUGUUGGCCGCUUUGAUAUGCGUAUGAUGCAGGCCGCCAUGAGCAAGAUUCAAGAUAAAAAAGAUGACCUUUUAUAUGACCAUCUCAUGGAAAGAGAAGAACUGUGGUUUGAUUUCAUGUGUGAUACUGGGGAUGGUGGUAAUUCCUCAUAUUCUGUUACUAGACUACUUGCACAACCUUUUCUUGAAGUCAAAGGUGGGAGUUCAAAGCAUUUCCUACCACGAGGUGACUUGCUUCUUAUUGGUGGAGAUCUUGCGUACCCUAAUCCAUCUUCAUUUACAUAUGAGAGACGCUUAUUUUGCCCAUUUGAAUAUGCUAUGCAACCGCCACAUUUCUAUAAGCCUGAGCAUAUAGCAGUUGACAAGCCAGAGAUUCCCUGUGGUUUAUCAGAUCUAAAACAAUAUGAUGGCCCUCAGUGCUUUGUCAUCCCUGGAAAUCAUGAUUGGUUUGAUGGAUUGCACACGUUUAUGAGGUACAUAUGCCACAAGAGCUGGUUAGGAGGGUGGUUUCUACCACAGAAGAAGAGCUAUUAUGCACUGAGGCUUCCUAAAGGGUGGUGGAUUUUUGGCCUUGAUCUGGCUCUCCAUUCUGAUAUUGACGUGUACCAAUUCAAGUUCUUCGCAGAACUGAUAAGCAAUGAGGUCAGCGAGCAUGACUCUGUGAUUGUUGUUACACAUGAACCAACUUGGCUCCUUGAUUGGUAUUGGGAUGAGACCAAUGGCAAAAAUGUUUCCCACUUAGUAUGUGAUUAUUUGAAGGGAAGAUGCAAGCUUCGAAUGGCUGGUGACUUGCACCACUACAUGAGGCACUCUUUUGUAGCAGGCAAUGAUCCAGUGAACAUUCAACAUUUACUUGUCAAUGGUUGUGGUGGUGCAUUUUUGCAUCCCACCCAUGUAUUUUCUAAUUUCAGGAAAUUUUGUGGAACCACAUAUGAGAGCAAGGCUGCUUAUCCUUCUUAUGAAGAUUCCAGUAGGAUUGCACUGGGAAACAUAUUAAAAUUCCGGAAAAAGAACUGGCAAUUUGACUUCAUUGGUGGUGUCAUUUACUUUAUAUUGGUCUUCUCCAUGUUCCCGCAGUGCAAACUGGAUCAUAUUUUGCAGGAUGAUACUUUGCUGGGUCACCUGAAAAACUUUUUCAGUACAAUGUGGCAUUCAUUUACAUACAUGAUGGAACACUCAUAUGUGUCAUCAGUAGGAAUUCUAGCCAUGUUGCUAGCAGCCUUCUUGUUUCUCCCUUCUAAGGUGCCAAGAAAGAAGCGUGCAAUUAUUGGAGUUCUUCAUGUUUCUGUCCAUAUGGCUGCAGCAGUUCUUCUGAUGUUGCUUCUGGAACUUGGUAUUGAGACAUGUAUCCGCCACAAGCUCCUUGGAACUGCAGGAUACCAUACCCUGUAUGAGUGGUAUCGGUCAAUGGAAAGUGAACACUUCCCUGACCCAACUGGGCUUAGAAAACGAAUAGAGCAAUGGACUUUUGGUUUCUAUCCUGCCUGCAUAAAGUACCUGAUGUCUACCUUUGAUGUACCAGAGGUCAUGGCCGUGACCAGAAAUAGCAUCUGCAAGGCAGGGAUGGAGUCCAUAUCCCGGGGUCAGGCAGUUAUAUAUUAUGCCUCUGUCUUCCUGUUUUUCUGGCUCUUCUCAACCCCUGUAGUUUCACUUGUUUUUGGAAGCUACUUGUAUGUAUGCAUCAAUUGGCUGCAUCUCCAUUUUGAUGAGGCUUUCUCAUCACUCCGAAUUUCAAAUUACAAGGCAUUCACUCGCUUCCACAUUACCAAACAUGGCGACCUUGAGGUGUAUACACUUGCUAUUGACAAGGUUCCAAAGAAAUGGAAGUUGGAUCCUCAAUGGGACAGUGAACCUAAACUCGCAUUUUCUCAUCAAAGAAAAUUCCCAAGCAAGUGGUGUGCAGCUGCAACCAACCAGGAUCCAGUAAGCACAGUUCGCAUUGUAGACCAUUUUGUGAUCAAACGAACAUGCCCAGUAACCAGCUGAUACAAGUAAAUUGCUAGAUCUGUUUUCUGCUUUCUUCUUAGCUGAGGUUGUUGUAAAGCGGUGAAAUGGAUCCACUCUCUACUGACAGAAUUUCACAUCAUUCUGACUAAUGAGAUUCCACAACAUGAAAUCUUCA